GCCGCCGCUGCGCUGGGCGCUAAGGUGGACGCGGCCGAGGUGGACGAGCGGUUCCCCGCCUGCAUCCGCGACGCCGUCUCGCAGGUGCUGAAGGGCUACGACUGGAGCCUGGUGCCCAUGCCCGUCCGCGGCAACGGAUCGCUCAAGGCCAAGCCGCACGUCAAGCGACCCAUGAACGCCUUCAUGGUGUGGGCGCAGGCCGCCCGCAGGAAGCUGGCCGACCAGUACCCGCAUCUGCACAACGCCGAGCUCAGCAAGACCCUGGGCAAACUCUGGCGUUUGUUAAGCGAAAAUGAAAAACGUCCCUUUGUGGAAGAAGCUGAGCGGCUCAGGGUCCAGCACAAAAAGGAUCACCCGGAUUAUAAAUACCAGCCACGGAGGAGGAAAAGCGUAAAAGCUGGGCAGAGCGACUCCGACUCUGGAGCCGAGCUCAGCCACCACGCGGGCACGCAGAUCUACAAAGCGGACAGCGGUCUGGGAGGCAUGGCCGAGUCCCACCACCACGGCGAUCACACAGGCCAGACCCACGGGCCACCCACCCCACCCACCACCCCUGGGCUCGCCCGUCCCAACCCGCAGCUCUUCUGCUGUGGGACACGGGGCCACGAGAACGGGGACGCAGGACUGCCCCACGGAGGGACCUCCCCGGCCCCUUCCCCGCGGGAUCCCCGGGGACCUGCACGCAGAGAUUUCACCGUCCUCAAAUUUGACCCCCUGGUCCCACGGGGCUGCCUGUCCUCGCCCGGCAUCUCCAGCUUCGCGCUGGGAUGCCGCCCGACCUCGCUGCUGUUUGAUAACCAGAUGCAAGACGCCCUCCGCCUCCCGAAUCCCCAGCAGAGAACACCCCUCCGCCUGCCGGCGGAGGCUGCGGAUGGCAUGAACUCUCCUCUGCUUUACACGCGCGUCGCGGCCACGGAAAGCAAAGUGACGUGUCCGUAUGGCAGCCGGCUCAAACCCCCGAAGCAACGCAGGGGGAAGCGCCUGCCCGAGAGUCAGCGUUUUACUGCGGAGAGCUGA